ACGAGGCUCGUGACCUCUCAGAAUCUCGCACUCGUCCCGCCGCCAUGUUGUUUCUAUUCCGGUGUUGGUGAGGUGAUAUCUGAGAUAAUUAACAACGAUACACGGCGAACUGGGUCAUAGCAUGCAAAGAUGUUUCCCAUACCACCACAGGGUGUUUCUCCUUUUCUGAGUCCACAGCUCAACGUUCAAUCGUCUCUCUCAUCUACGCCAAUACCCCACCCAGAUCAUCCAGACCCAUUGGAUGUUAAAGGAAAUUGGAAUCCAACACAUCUAGGUCAGCCUGGACCACCUAUCCAGUUCCCUUUCCCACCCAUGCAAGAGCCCAUCUUACCGCCAGGGCAGCAGCUUCCACCACCUGUCGCUCAGCCUCCUAUAACAUCAGACUUCAUAUGCCCACCACGACCAGGCGUAGGGUCUGAGGGUCGUGCCAUCCUUCUGAGAGCUAACCACUUCCAGGUUCGAGUACCGAAGGGCUUCAUCCAUCACUAUGACGUCUCAAUCACACCAGACAAAUGUCCACGAAGGGUCAAUAGGGAGAUUAUUGAUACCAUGGUCCAGUGCUACAGUCAGAAGAUCUUCCUCGGAGUCAAGCCAGUGUUUGAUGGCAGAAAAAACCUUUACAGCAGAGAUCCUUUGCCUAUUGGCAGAGACAAGGUGGAGCUAGAAGUAACGCUUCCAGGUGAGGGUCGAGACCGUGUAUUCAAGGUGGCCAUCAAGUGGGUGGCCCAGGUGAGUCUCUACCUGCUGGAGGAGGCCUUGGAGGGACGCACACAACAGAUACCCCUUGACGCCAUACAGGCCCUCGACGUCGUCAUGAGACACCUACCAAGCAUGAAAUAUACACCUGUAGGAAGGUCAUUCUUCUCCCCACCAGAAGGGUAUGAACACCCUCUGGGUGGUGGUCGGGAAGUGUGGUUUGGCUUCCAUCAGAGUGUAAGGCCAUCACACUGGAAGAUGAUGCUCAAUAUAGAUGUGUCUGCUACUGCCUUCUACAAGGCUCAACCUGUCAUUGAGUUCAUGUGUGAAGUGCUCGACAUUCAAGAUAUCGGAGAACAAAAAAGGCCCCUCACUGAUUCACAACGUGUCAAAUUCACCAAAGAAAUCAAAGGCUUUGGCACAGGUCUGAAGGUGGAGAUCACCCACUGUGGUACCAUGAGGAGGAAGUACAGAGUCUGUAAUGUCACCAGAAGACCUGCUCAGACUCAGUCGUUCCCCCUGCAGUUGGACUCUGGACAGACUAUUGAGUGUACUGUGGCCAGGUACUUCAUGGAGAGAUACAAGAUGAGACUGCAGUACCCCCAUUUACCUUGCCUGCAAGUAGGACAGGAACAGAAACACACCUACCUCCCUCUAGAAGUAUGCAAUAUCGUGGGUGGCCAGAGGUGUAUCAAGAAACUGACUGAUCUGCAGACUUCAACCAUGAUCAAGGCUACAGCUCGGUCUGCACCCGACAGGGAGAAGGAAAUCAACAGUCUUGUUUAUAAGGCGGACUUCAACAAUGAUCCCUACCUACAAACCUUUGGGGUCACAGUUCAAUAUGAAAUGACCGACGUCAAAGGUCGCAUCCUCACGCCUCCUAAGUUACAGUAUGGCGGACGGACCAAGGCACAGGCCGUGCCAAACCAGGGAGUCUGGGACAUGAGGGGCAAACAGUUCUACAGUGGCAUUGAAAUCAGGGUCUGGGCAAUAGCUUGCUUUGCCCCUCAGAGAACUGUCCGAGAAGAUGCCCUCAGAAAUUUCACAUCUCAACUCCAGCGUAUAUCCAAUGAUGCAGGAAUGCCUAUCAUGGGUCAGCCAUGCUUCUGCAAGUACGCCACUGGUCCUGACCAGGUGGAACCCAUGUUCCGAUAUCUGAAAAACACAUACCAGGGAUUGCAGCUCAUAGUGGUCGUAUUACCAGGCAAAACACCUGUAUAUGCUGAGGUAAAGCGUGUUGGAGACAUCCUGUUUGGCCUGGCAACUCAGUGUGUGCAAGCCAAGAAUGUCAACAAGACAUCCCCCCAGACUCUGUCCAACCUCUGCCUCAAGAUCAACGUCAAACUAGGCGGCAUUAACAGUAUCCUCCUGCCAAGUAUUCGACCCAAAGUAUUUCUCCAGCCGGUUAUUUUUGUUGGUGCCAGUGUGACACAUCCCCCAGCGGGCGACCGAACACGUCCUUCCAUUGCUGCAGUAGUAGGGAGCCAAGAUGCUCACCCUAGCAGGUACUCGGCAGCAGUUAGAGUGCAGCAGCAUCGUCAGGAGAUCAUCCAGGAGCUGCCCACAAUGGUGAAGGACCUCCUCAUCCAGUUCUACAGGUCCACAAGGUUUAAGCCUACUCGGAUUGUCUUCUACAGAGAUGGCGUCAGUGAAGGCCAGUUCCAACAGGUGCUAAGCCAUGAACUGAGAGCAGUGCGAGAAGCAUGCAUGAAGCUGGAGGUGGGUUACCAGCCAGGCAUCACCUUCAUUGUGGUACAGAAACGCCACCACACCAGACUCUUCUGUGCUGACCGAAAGGACCAGACUGGGCGCAGUGGCAACAUUCCUGCUGGAACAACUGUGGACGUGGGCAUUACUCAUCCUACAGAGUUUGACUUCUAUCUGUGUAGUCAUGCAGGUAUCCAGGGUACAAGUCGACCGUCCCACUACCAUGUAUUGUGGGAUGACAACCACUUCUCUGCGGAUGAACUGCAGAUUCUGACGUACCAGCUGUGCCACACCUACGUGCGGUGUACUCGUAGUGUGUCCAUCCCUGCACCUGCCUACUAUGCACAUCUUGUUGCCUUCCGUGCCAGAUACCACCUUGUGGAGAAGGAACAUGACAGCGGUGAAGGGAGUAGACACUCGGACAACAGUGAGGACCGAAAUCCAGCAUCAAUGGCUCGUGCUGUGACAGUGCAUCCCGAUACUUGCAAGGUUAUGUACUUUGCUUGAAGAUUAAGAAGAGUCACACAAGAGGAGACAACUCUUACCAUUCUUUUCUAGGCUGUGAACUAUGUCUGGGACUGGUGUUUCUAUGUUAUUUGUGUAAGAUAUUUAUACGUCAACUCGAGCAGAAAUGACUAGGAUAGAGAACGCUGGCAUAGAAAUCUAAGUCAUGUGUACAUAUUGUUACCAUGGUUACUUGUAUAAAUUGUGCCACAGUCCUCAUGUCGUGCUCAAUGGAUGGACUUUAUAUAUAAUGAAAUGUUGAACUUCCGUGUGAUGCACACAUAUUUAAUAUUGUGAUGAUAUGAUGAUUAUUAUAUUUUAAGGCCGGGAAUUGUUUUAACAAAGUGUCAUGACCAUGUUUGUUACAAAGGUUUUAUUUCUAUAAUUGUGUUGUCAUAUUCAGUUCUGUUCCCUGAACUCUUCUGUUGUCAACAUGAAACCAAUUUUGGGUUAGCGUGAAAUCUGUCUCUCUCUUCAUGCGUUAUCUCCAAUGUAACUUAAAAACUGCUUGUUCACAAAACAUAGGUAUCAAUACUUUAACCAUUCAUUCAUAUUUACCACAUUCAGUUCCCAGUUAAGAUCAUUUGUUUCUCAACAUCAAGUAUUUGCCGCCUCAUCCUACAUAAUACUCGACUGCAUAUUUAUAUUAAGUAUUAAUCAAAUAUAAUAUCAUAACACCCAGACUGGCUACGACUUGAAUUAUGUUCCUAGCUUUGUACGUAGAACCAUAUCACUUCUUUGUACUGGUUAUCACCACAGUAUUUUUCUAUCCGUGACCAUAAUGUAGCCUUUACGAAUGGCAUUUCUGCCAACAAUGCAAGAUUUCAUAUCAGUGUUUGUCAAAAUAGAAUACCAGUUAGCCAAGGUUGUGACAGCAGCUGGUAUCUCAACAACCACGUUGUUUUUCACGUCACUUACAAUUUAUGUACUUUUUGUUGAACAUAUGAACCUUAACCAAGAUCACAAUUUGGUUUCAUCCCACCCAAAAGCCAAACCCAACCAUUGCAUCCACCGUGCAGUUACCUCCCCUUGCAUUUAUGUUUCCAGUUUACUUUCAGAUUUCAUAAUGCAGUUCCCUUAACCUUUGUAAUGCAGGUGAAGCUUCUUCAACACUCUGUACCUAAUCAAAACCUUUUUCUCCACGAAAAUCUGUCAGUAUGGGGGAAGUAACUGCCACUUAAUUAUGAGCAAUACAGCAAAUUUAUUGAACAAAAGUGACCCACAUUACAAGGGUAUUUUUAAGGUCCUUUAUUUUAGAAUCCAAGCAUGACCAAAACAAUGUCCUGUUUGAAGUGGACAAGAUUUCUCAUCGACCAGCCUUUUAACUUGUGUAUUCCACUUGAUUGUUUGAUAUGUAUGUAGAACUGUUUUGUUUUAUUGAAAUCCCAUAGAACAUUUGACAAAUAUUUCAUAUACUUAUUUGUACCUGUGGUGAAUGUUUGUGUGUUUUGACAUUUUGGUAAAACAGAACAAAACAAGAUCAAGUAAUAACAUUUAUUGACAUCCUGACUAGGUCACCACUGCUGGAUGCAAAAUUAACAAAUAGAAGUCAGCUGAGUUUCUUUUUAUCGUUAUUUUAAAAGAUUGGAGUUAUCAAGACGAGUGUGUAGUUUCAUUAUGAUCAUUUUUUUUCAAUCUGUACAUAGGAAAUGGUGUAAGAUCUAAUACCUUGAUAAUCUCCUUUUAUCAAUGUUGGCAAAAAUAGUCUCUAGUCACAAGCCGACAGAGUUACCCCCCUUUCUCUAGGUGAUGGAAGUGAUUUUGGUGCUGUAGUGUUCACAUCUCUGUAGGAGUUUUACCAUUUAUCAAGCUGUAGACAAACGAUGUCUUUGCUAACAUUUAGCAUUGUUAAUGAUUGAUUAUUCUGGUACAAUCAGUUGAAUUUGCUCAGUUUCUUUUCCUUUUUCAACCAAAUUUUGUAUAGUACCAAUGGUUAUGCACCCUAAGGUAUGCUAAAUUUUGUUUCACAAUUCAGGUUGCAUUUUUAUUUUCAUCAACACAUAUCCAUUUAGUCCCUAAUGAGUACCAUUUGCCUGUGGGUAGGUAUGUAUUUUCUUUUCCACCUAUCUCAUGUAUAUCCUAGAUUAUCAAAGAUGUUACUGAAUUCUGUCACCAUGCACAAUUGUACAUUUGCUUUGUAAAUUAAAGAUGAAUUAUAUUAUAUUCAGCAGAUAAGUGCUACGAUUUUCUUGCAUGAAAUAUUUGGUAUAUGCAUAUCAUAAUGAUGCUUGGCUAGUAUGAUUAGUUUUCUGCAAUAGCAAGGCUGUGAUUUUGAGGCUGGUUAUAGAACUCUUCAAGUCAUCUUAGUUAAACCAACUGCAUAUUAGACCCAUGCUAAACACAAUAUUCUGUCAGUCAACUGAGUUGUUUCCAAAGUCAGUUUUCUACUUAAAAUGAUUCUUAAUUGAAAUGAGACUAACCAUUAUACUUAGGUCACUUUGUAAAACUGGUACAUCAGAGACUUACAUGUCAAAUACAACUCUCUACAACCUUGUUUUGAGAAUUGUCCUCUUGUCAAAAUAUUUCACACCAGAUCAGGUGUGCUUGUAGCAACUUCAUUCAUACAUAAUCAACUUGAAAUCGCAAUUUUGAUUGUAUCACUCAAAGCCAUACAUGAUUUUGCACCUUCAAACUAGCUAACAAGUCCCUGUGACAUGAUUAGUGCAAUGACAAUUCCAGUAGCCAUUCCUCCAUGACCAUUGUGAGGAACAUGACAAUUUGGAUCUCACCAAAGCAAUGCAGGCUUUGUCUGGGAUUGUCUUUGAUUAUUCUUCAACGAACUGAUACUAAAUGACUGCUUAUUGCUAUUGGUUUAAAUACCCAAUGGUUAUUAUUAUAACAUAUUAUUCAUCUCAAGUAGUUAUGUAAACCUCCUGAAUGACUAUUCUUUUACAAGUAGACAAAAGAACUGCUUAUUACUGCUGUGGGUUUAAAGAACCUGCGACCAUUGUUCCAUAUUGACCUGAAGUAGUAGUGUUCAUAAGUUUCCUUAAACUGAUGAAUUGUUUGAUAGGCAUUUGUUAGAUUGGUAAGUUAUGAUAUGAUUUUUGUCAAAAUUCCAUUGCAAAAUGUUGAAGAUGUGGGUUAUUUAGUCCCCAAAUGUGUCUACUUGGUAAGGUUUGAGUUUCCAUAUUACUAGUAUUAGUCACUUCUGAUUUAUCCGACAUUGUGCUCCAAGUUAUUCCUUUGGAAAGGGUUGCUGUGUAAUGUGUAACCUGUAUCUAUAUAUAUUUUUUUCAGUUCGUUUUAAGUUCACAUCACUUAACAUGCUAACUUUUUAUGGUUUUGUCAACUUCUUGUCAACACCUGCAUAUUUUCUAGUCACUCAUUUAGUUGGCCUAAUACUGCUGGUCACAUGACUGAGAUAUGCAUCACAUGACUAGUGGACAUUGCAAGGGCAUCUAUGCAAUAAUCAGUGCCAGAUUGAGUCGUCUCUUUUCAUUAAUGUACUCAAGUUCUUCCAGAAUGUCACAAUAGUGAUAUAUGGCAAGCGGGGAACAAGAGGUACCAUAUAUCCGAUAAAAUUUGAGUCAUUGUGAACAUACAUGCGCUCUGUUCAUUAAAUACAUCACUCACCCAUGUAGCAAUGCACUUAAGUCAAUUUCUGCCAUUCUGAGAUACAAGUACUGUAGGCAUUAUGAUACCUAAUGAUGUAAGCUGCACUUUUUGUACACAGAUCAAUUUGUUAAUAGUACCUGUUGAAGUUCUAGUGGUACUGAUUUAAGAUGUUGUUCGGUUGUAUAUGUUCAUUUAUGGACUGUUUUGUGUUGGUGUAUAGACUAUUUGUAAGUUUGAUUUAUAUCUGCAUCAGUGAAUCAAACAUUAAGGAAUCCCAGUCUGUCAAAGGGAGGUAAUUCAGAUGACAUAAGAACAUCAGGAUAAUCAUGACGGAAGCAUUUCUCUCUGACCAUUCCUUGAUUUGUUUUUGUUGUGUGUUGUCUUGUGCAAUAUAAACUGGCCAGAUAUUUGAACAUAUCAGUCACAUGACACCAAACUGACCAAUCAAAUAUGAUUACCAAGACAAAAAAACAGCCAAUGAAAUUGACAUGUCCCAUGGGCCAUUUUGUAUAGUGGCAUUGCUCCCAGUUAGUCUUACAGUGCCUUUUGCUGUGUAUAGCCCAACUUUAAGAAAUUAUUUAGUGUAAUCUGCAUCCAUCCCAUGUUUUAAUCCACCUGAUACUAAUCUAUUUGUCAUGUCCCAAGGAAUCUCUGUACCACCGCUUAUGACAAGAGAAUGCCUCUGAAAUCCACCCCCCCUCUUUUCCCAGGAUUGUUUGAAGGUUAUGGCUCUGAAACUUAUUUGAUAUUGGAAAGGUUUGUUAAAUGUUGAUGUACAUAGAUUAGACUAUUUUUUUAAGAAAUGAUUGAUAAAUUGCUUUCAAACCCAAAUUUCUAGGAGGGUAUAAUCUGUUGCUAUUGUUGUUUAAUGUUCAGAAAUGAAAUCAUAGCUGAUUUAGAUUAAUUGUGUACUUUUAUUUUGAGGAGACAACCACAAAAUGAUAUAUUUUUGUGAUUGUAGAUUUAGGCAAGAACCAUUUCAUUUUCAUGGCAAACACGAAUGGUCAUGGUUUCAUAGCUGAAAAUCUCUGGGGGAAAUAAGCAUGUGAAUAAGAUUGAACAAAUAUGUCGUGUUAAAAAAAAUGUUAUCCCUUAAGGGUAUCUUCCAGAUUGCAGUUGACAUGUUCAUGGUGGCAUUUAACAUUUAGUCUGUCUGGCUUGCAAUGUUUAGAGAUAUGUAAUUCAUACAGUACUAUGCAAAAAUGGCUCAAAAAUGACAAGCAUAGAUCUGACAGCCUCAACUCUUAUCAAGAUCAAGCUAUUUGACUGAGUGUGUUUUUCACGAGUAAUUUGGUAAUUAUGAAGGUGAACAAUUUCAAGCAAUAUUGCCAGAACAUGCUUGCAUGUAAUCUUAAUAUUGAUAAAAAUGGGUAAUUGCACAUAUCUCCAGAUCAUUUGUACAUAUUUAUAUACAAGGAAAUUAAUUCUAUGGGUGUGACUUGUGCUGUUGAGAUCAGCCCCAUAUCUUAUCUCAUAUCAGAUCAUGUAGACUGCGUGGCAGCUGAUGGCCCCCUCUGAUGUCAAGUACAAUGAAUGGUAUGCAAUCACAGCUGAUGUUAAGAUAACAGGAGUUCAAGGUGUCAUUUAAUCUGGUUUAAUCCUUUUUGGGAGCUGUACUUGCCAAUCUUGUGCCCCACUUAACACAUUUCCUCAUUUGAAGUUGCUGAGAAGUUAAUCUGCUUUUAAAGGAAGUAUUUUAAUACCCAUUUUUUAGUCAAAAUUUUACUCCUAAAAAAAGGACAAAUUCCAUAUGACCAAAAACAUUGUGGCCAAGUUAGCCUUUGUAAAACUUGAAUAUAUUUAUAUAUACAUAAUACAUAUGAAAGUAUUGUUUGAAUGCCCUUCUGUGUCUUGUCCAAGUAUGUAUAAACUAUACUUAAAGCAUUGAAUGUAAACAUUGUACAGAAACAUCACUAAAGUCAAGUUGCACACUUUUGUGAAUAACUAGCCUUAUAAUCUAGACCUGUUCAGAGAUUUCUUCACCUUUUCAUGCCUAUGUAGGCAUCACCAUGUAUAAUUUUGUGAUGCCUUACUUCUAAAAUAUCAAAAUGUGAAGUGAACCAGUCAUUUCAUAUGGCUUGCCUUUGUUUUUCAGUUUUGAGCAAGUUUAAGAUUAUAAGAGCUUGAAGCAAAUGAAUGACAUCUGGACUUAGCAAUAUGUUUGUGUCGGGAGAAGGUUGUGUAGUGAAAGCCAGUUGUUAUUCUCACAUUGUUUGGAAGAUUUUGAUUGGUUGUGAGGACAGCUACGCAUAUCAUUAGGGAUGUCUGGGUUUACAAUAGGUGCAUGGUGAAAUACGGUCAACAGUUCUCCCCUCUGCUGAUCAUUUUACAAAAUCUCUCUGCUGUUCUAAUGUGUUAUUGUAUAUGUAGUUAAUAUAAGUGCAAAAGCUCAACCGUUUCAUUCUUUGAUUAUUUUAGUACAGUCCUGUUAUCAAAGGCAUUUCAUAUGUAAAUGUACAAUAAACUAUGUUUAAGAUGUAUUUUGGGAAUUCCAAAAGGGAGAAUAUUGCUAACAAUUUUGCAUUUUUAAUUAAUAAUCUUUAUCACCAAGCUCUGGAAUUUUCACCUGUGCCUGUUGAAUGCCCCCUGAAAGGUCUGCUCACAUUCCAAGUAGACGUAGGGCCUAUUACAACAAUCAAGCUUUUUCUAUCUUUAUACCAGCGUAACAUUGCGCUUUUGAAAAUUAAGCAAACCGAGGGUCCCAAUUUGUUCCGUUUAUACAGAUCUCCUUUGUAUGUUUUUAUGUAGCUUUGAUAUUUUAUCAAGUGCUUCACAAGAUGGUUUUGACUGUUUUAUGUUAGUCUUUAAUACAGUCCAGUCUUGGUGCUGCCUCUCAUUGCUGACAACAGUGCCAUGUGACAUGCUUGUUGCCAUGGCAAAAAAAAUAUUUAAUUGCUUAAUGGCACUGUCACGUUAUCCAUUGCGGUAUCUUGUGACUGUUGCUAUGACGAUAAUGUAGAUUUGUGUGCUUCUUACUCCACCCGAAGCUUUUAUUCAUUGUCAAUAAAUGUUUAUAAACUA